GGCGCCUGGGGCGGCGUGCGGCGGCGCUGCCAGCGGCUGCUCUACUGGGUGCCGGUGCUCUUCAUCUCCAGCAUCCUCUGCUGGUCCUACUACGCCUAUGUCACCCAGCUCUGCCUGCUGACAAUGACAAAUAUCGGAGAAAAAGUUGUGUGCCUGGUUGCUUACCACAUAUUUUUCAUGCUCUUCGUCUGGUCAUACUGGAAAACAAUCUUUACUCUACCAAUGAAUCCUUCAAAAGAAUUUCAUCUAUCCUAUUCAGACAAGGAGUCCCUAGAGAGGGAGCCUAGAGGUGAAUCCCAGCAAGAAGUCUUAAGACGAGCAGCCAAGGAUCUUCCUAUCUAUACACGGACAAUGUCUGGAGCAAUCAGAUACUGUGACAGAUGCCAUCUUGUAAAACCAGAUCGUUGCCAUCACUGUUCAGUAUGCGACAAAUGCAUUUUGAAAAUGGAUCAUCACUGCCCUUGGGUGAACAACUGUGUAGGAUUCUCCAAUUACAAAUUUUUUCUUCUCUUCUUGGCUUACUCACUACUGUAUUGCCUUUUCAUUGCUGCAACAGAUUUGCAGUACUUUAUCAAGUUUUGGACAAAUGGCCUUCCUGAUACUCAAGCCAAGUUCCACAUCAUGUUUUUAUUCUUUGCUGCAGCUAUGUUUUCUGUCAGUUUGUCUUCUCUCUUUGGGUAUCACUGUUGGCUUGUCAGCAAGAAUAAAUCUACAUUAGAGGUAUUCAGAGCUCCCAUAUUUCGUCACAGAACAGAUAAGAAUGGCUUUAGCCUGGGCUUCAGCAAAAACCUAAGGCAGGUGUUUGGUGAUGAGAAGAAAUACUGGUUGCUGCCUGUGUUUUCAAGUUUAGGGGAUGGUUGCUCCUUUCCAACUUGCCUUGUUAAUCAGGAUCCUGAGCAAGCUUCCACACCUGGUGGACUUAAUUCAAAUUCCAAAAGUGAGAACCAUCUGUUUCCUGCAAAGCCUUUGCGUGAUUCCCAGAGCCACCUACUUACAGAUGCACCAUCUUGGCCAGAAACUGCUGCAAAGGCUGACAAGGGCAAAGUUGGUAUGAGCAAUCCUGCAUUAACCAUGGAAAAUGAAACCUAAUUUCCCUUAAAAGAAACAUCUGAAUAUGUAAGGAAAGAAAGAUACUGAGAAUUGUGAGCAUUCAAGCUGUUCAGCCAAUAUUUGUCAUGCUAAGUUUGAAAGUUUGCUGAUUCUUAACACUGAAUGCAAAGAUCAUAGCUCUGUCUACUAAAACAGGUAAAAGUCUAUCAAAUUUUGAAGCAAAAAGGAUUUAGUCUAAUAUAUAAGCUAUUAGUGUCUUGCUCUGAGUCAGGUACUGAGCUGCAUCCUAUAUUGUAGUAAAAACAUGCUGCCUACUGAAAACAAAAGGUCCGUAUGACUUCCUGAGCAUUUAAUCGCCUGUUGUCAAAAACAGCUGAGAUUGUCUUGAUUUCUUGCAUUAAUAUCUUGCAAAACAGACUUCUUGGAAAGCAGGUUUGAGAAGCAGCUAGUAAAUGAACUCCUGUUAUGUUAGGUACGUAACAGGAGUUGACAUUUACCCUGGGUUGUGGAAAUGAACACAAUCAUCAUAUUCACUCUAGUACUUGAAUAUAGCUAACUCCACCAAAACUUAAAUUAUUUUGUACUUAAAACUGUAUAAAAAGUUCGACUCCAACCCUAAGAAUUCUUGCAUAGAAAGUAAUCAGGGAACUGCAGUGAUUGUAACUAGACUCAUUAGGAAUUGUAUUGCACUGUCAAGGCAGAUUAUAAAACUAGUGGGUGUGCAGAUACCAACAGAUGGGCCCAAUAACUUGUAUCAAAAAGUUCCCAGAAGUUCAGUUUGGUUCAUGUGAGAAAUUUAAAAACCUCUUGGCCCUUACAUUCUGGUUUUGUGUUCAGUGAUGGAGACACAGUUCCAGAUAUAGGUACAUCUGCAAACUUGAUGAUGAUGUGAAGUGUUAGAGGUGUUGAAAUUUGGGUGUCAGAUGAGCAGAGUUAAAGAGAUGAGUGAAGGAAACUCAGACAGUGUCUGCAAUUUUCACUGCUCUGUGUAUGAUAUUUUAAUAGAAUAUAAACCCCUCAUUUCUAACCCUUUGUUCAAAAUCUGAAAUGUCGCAUUUCUGCGCUGUUUAGUCCAUCAGGUCUUUCAACAUAACAACACCUUCCAGAAAAGACUAAAUUAUUUACCUUCAGUUACUUUAAUGUCUUAUAUGUCAUCACUAAUUAAGAGUAAAAUAUUGGAGACAGACUUUAAAGAAACAGAUUCUUAGAUUGUUAUAGAAAUACCAUUAAUUGCAACUAGUUUAUCAGGUUGGAGUUCUACUUUCUGAAGUCCUGACACUUUAUUUACUUAAGUAAUAGCUUUUAAACUUUAAUCUUUCUUUGAAGAAUGUGUACGUUUUAUUGGAACUUUGUCAUUCAGAUUACUCUGAAUAUCAAACAUAGACUGUGACUGUUCUAAAGAUGUCAAAAGUGGGUGGAUUUUCCCAUCAGUUUAGCUUGAUAAACAUCUUGUGCUCUUUUUAAAUUAUUUUCUUUUAGUCCAGUCUGAGAAACAGUUGAGUUUCCUUCUGAUUACUUCACUCUGUGGCGUUUGGGGGCUUUGUUUGGUCUUGUUUUUUUCUUUUUGGAAGCAUCCAUUUUGAAACAAGGCUUUUUAAAGAGAGACUACUUUCAGAGGAGGUUAUGUUCCAAAGAGUAAGUCUAAAGUCAUAUGAAGGGGCUCCUGGAAGUUGGUUUUGCCUCACUUGGAUUCAUGCACUUUCAGAAGGGCACUAAGAACUGGUAAUUCUCUGGCAUGAGCAUAAGCACCAGAUUGGUUGUACCCUUAGCUCUGAGAUAUUUCUAUGUGGCAGUUAAAACUUUCUGGACUGGUAACAAAAGAGAUAAAUUACUGUCUAUAUAUAUGUCACAUACAGUUGCUGGAAUAAGAGCCUGUAUAUAAAAACUUAUUUUAGCUGCUUUGCAUUUAACUUCCUUACAUUACUGUCAAUACAGGAAUUAUAUUUGUUCCUAGGGGUUGAAUAGAAUAUUUUUAAUAGAGCUGCUGAAGUCACCACAACAAAACCAAGUAAUUUCAUCUUAGAUACGAAAAAUACAGGCUGCACCCCCUGCCAAUGUGUUAGAAUUAGAAUUUAUGUCCCAUUGAAGGAUCUGUUCAAUAUCCUGUAUCCUGUAAUCCUUCAUAUUUCAGCAGAGGACUGAUUAUCGAAAGUGCCAGAUGUCGUUUACACUAAUGUAAUAGAGAAUUAUUUUUUAAAUAUGUUGCUAUCUGGAAGUACUGUAAAAAUAGCUUGUAUCAUUUUAUAAACUGGUGGCCUGCUUGCUGUGUAGUCAAUACUUAUCAUUUUCAUCCUGAAGUAGAUUAAUAACAUACCUGUGAACAGUCUUAUUCCUCUUUAGGGUAGAAUGUUUAUUCUGCUGUUAGUCACUUUCCCCUUCAAGUUGAUGAGACUUGUUACAAUAACAUAAUUUUUAUGUAUUCUUUGAUUCUAAUAAUGUGUUUGUGAUAAAUAUUCUGUUCCAGUUUAAGUGCAAGCUGUUGUUGGAAGGAAGAUGCAUUCUUCCAAGUAUCAACCCUGUUGGCCAGCUGCUCCUGUCUGCUCCUCUAUGGAUGUGCUCAGAAAACAAACUGACAGAUGAUUAGCUGUCUCCAUGUCACUGCUUGAAAUACGAAACUAAACAUACUAUUUCUGAACCAUAUAAAGGAUGUUCCAACUUAAAAUUACUGGGUUUAAAUGGUGAAGGAUAAUUGAGUACUAGAAAGAGGAAAAAAAGAAGAGUCUGCGUUUACAAUUGUAAAAAUUCAAUGGCUGGUUUUACUUUGAUAUUCAGCACAAGAAAAAUGUGACCUCCUUCACAUCCUAUCAGUUCAUGUUCUUGACUUGGUUUUGAAAAUUCAUCUUUUAAUUCAAAUUGUUUAAGUAGUUGACUUUAAAAUCAAAUGUUUGCACUACUGGCUUUAUGAAUUGGGAGAACAGCCAGUGUUGAUUAGGAAUAGUUUAGUGGCUUGGUGGACUAUUUUCUUUUGAGCCCUUGAUAAGCAAUUUUUGAAGGUAAGAAGACCUAAGUGAAGUAUCUGACUGGUUUUGGAACAUUUUUUGGAAAAAAUUCUUCUAAAAGCUCUGUUUUUCCAAAGGUCUGCAUUAGAGAUAGUUUGAAAAGUUGUUGAGAAGGAAAAAAAUCCUUUGGUUAAUUGAAUGCUACAGUGGGCCACUGCUCAGUGAUGUGAUGAAAAGCCUGUGUUCAGGUGGGUAUUAUAUAAAUGAAACCAGCCAGCUGGGGAUUUUGAUGGAAGCUUCACGGAAUAGUCUGAUGAAAUAGGGUUUUACUGUCCCAUUUGGAGCUCUUACCCCUUUUUGAAGCAAAUGUUGGCCCUGAAUUUCAAUCCAAAAGGCUUUUGACCAACCUGUGUUAGUUACUGAGGGCCACUGUCUUUCAAGCUCCUAAUUUCCUAUUAAUCCAUUUCCUAUUAAUUUCCUAUUAAUUAAGAAAUCUCUCAGAUUUCUUUUUUCACUUUUUCUUCAAGAUACUGCCUUUCCUACUGCAUAACUUAAUGAAUACCACGUGCAGUCAAGAUGACUUACUGUUACAACUUGUGAUAUUUGCAUUUACAGGACAAUGGACUUUUGAUUGCAAUACCAAAAAGCCAAGCUGCUGCACAUAGAAGAUCCCUUCAAUUAAGUUAGGAGCUAGCAGCUUUCUUAGGAUCAGUUUACUGACCAGAAUGAAAGAGGCAUUUUUGGCUUUCAAAGUCAAGGAAGUUUCAGCAACACAACUCUAAUUGUCUUGUGCCUUUUGUAUACACUACAUUUAUGGUAUCAGUGUUUACAUUUAAAUGCAAAUUUCUAUUCUGAAAACAAUUUUAGGAGGAACUUAGUUAUGCUUUCUAGGGGGCUAGAUAAAAAGACAAGUCAAAAAAGAAAGGUGAAAGCCUCUCAGACUACACUGAGUUCAGUUGAAAUAGAAAAGUGCUUCUAUUGGCAAACCUGAGUUACUUAGUAGGUUGGUUCACAGUGUAAAGAUGCCAGAUACUUGUUUAGGAAACUGGCAGCAGGACUAAGUGAUAUAAUUCUGAAAGCAGAAGAUACUAUAAUUAACUCUUCUACCAGCACAUAACUUCAAAAUUUGUUUUUCUUGGGUUUGCAACUUAAGUGAUAGCUGGUGUAGCAAAAUGUGGCUUUUUUUUUCUCCUCUAGUGAGGGAAAAUGUAUUUAUUUUACUUUUUUUCUUUUAAAUGUAAAAUUUUUACCAGCCUGAAAACAUCUGUUUAAUGCCAGAAGUGCCAGAGUGUGGAUCCCUUGAUGUAGAACACCUUUUCUAACUAGCAUGAAGGUAGCAUACAGUUUACAUUAUGCCUGCAGAGAUCAAGUUACCAAAAGAUUUUUUGCAGCUCUUUAUUCAGUGUUGUUCUGUCAGCUUACCUCAUAUUCGUGUUUGUUUAAAGGCGAACUUGUCAAGGGAUAAGGGGGAGAGGGAAAAUAUAUUUUUUAACACUUCAGGUUCUCUAUCUGUAGAGUCUUGUUUUUUAUGCAGUUAGUCACAGGGUGGUUUGUCAUGGAGCAUGCAUUUAAAAAUACUGAGUAGAAAGUUGAAAUUCAGCUUCAGUGUUUCUUGCACUAUAUUUUCAUGUAAAGACAAAAGAUUUCCUCCCCAGCAAAACACAUCAUGGAAAUGGAGCUCUCUAAUACAGAUGUCAUACUCUCUGUGGCCAGGGCUCUGGGAUCUCUCAGUAAGGCUGGGGAUCAAUGCAGAGAAAGGACAGGGAUAAGGGAUCAAGAAAUGCCUGGCUUCUCCAUGUCUCCAAAGUCACACUUGGGAAGCACAAUGGCCCUAAAUAAUAUGAGGCUGUCUCCCUCUCAGAAAACUGAUGGAGGCAUAGGGAACAGACACUGAUGAAAGGAGGAGAAAAAGAAAGGGUGGUAGUUUGGAGGUAAACACUGAGCAGAUCUGAGCCAGGGGGCUGUAGCUACAUCUGCUCUCUAGAUGGGCAUGAGCUGUGUCUCCAUGAAGAGCACUGUCAGCAGGCUUUGAGGGUUCCUGGCAGUUUUCACUGUGUAGAGUAUGGAGAAAAUUGAGUUAAUCAUGCUCCAAAGUAUAAUUUCUGACGAUAUGACUAUUCUUGUCUUUAAACUCUCUAAUACUUUCUAUAACAAAGUGAAAAUUCUCUUUUUGACAUACUGACCAUUGUCAGUGUUAAAAUGCAUGCAGGAGAAUUUGUGAAGAAGUCAGGGUAGCAAGGAUGCAAUGUUGUUUGUCUGCAUACACUGAUUCUCCUGUCCUUUACAUCCUUGCUAGGCACUUUACUACAGGCUUUUGUGUAAUUUCUGUAUUUUUUUUAAGGAGUACUUUUUACCUACUGUACAGUUACUAAUCUACUUUUUUGCUAAAAAGAAAAUAAUAUCCCUGAUAUUUGUCUAUGACUCUAUUUCAAGCUUUAGUGGAAACUGGAUGAGUUCUGCAGGCUCCUCAGAUGGGCCUGAGUCCCAAAUUACAGCAGAGUUAAAUUUAUUUUGUAUAUAUGUAAACAGUCAUAUGAACCAUAGCUCCCUACAUGUGUAAAAAAUGUCUUUUCUUUUUAGGUUAGAACAAAUCCAAAACAUCUGCACCAGAAGUAGUCCACACAUACUCUGUAUCAGUAGAUGUACGGGUGAUGGAGUACUCAAAGUCUUCACAGAGAACUAUUUUUGUUAAGAAAAUGGAACACAAUCUUUGUGAGCAGUUAAGAUAGAGCUGCUGUUAUGCACUUUAAUUCUUUAACUGGAGAGAAAAAACACUGUCCAGUUUAGGUUACAGACUGAAAGCUCUUUAGUAGACUGGGCAAGUAAUGAAUGAAACACAGAAUCAGAGUGGCAAAGGUUGGAAGGGACCACCACUGGGGUUAUCUGGCCCCUGCUCAAGCAGGAUCAUCCUAGAGCACACUGCACAGCAUGAAAUACAGAUGGUUCUUGAGUAUCUCUUGUGAGGGACACUCCAGAAAGGAAACAAGUUUGUUUCAGUGUGUGGAAUGCUGUAGCUGUUUUUCAUCAUUAUUUGGACUGAAACCUAUUUUCCCUUAAAAGAAACAGCUAAAUAUGUAAGGAAAAGUAUGUUAAUAUUCUGUGUAUUUAUUAUUUUAUUAAAUUAUUCCUUACCAUUUGAAGAGUGCACAAAAGAAAAUUACUGAAACACUUCCUAACUGUUUUCUUCAAUUAAUUUUUUAAUUAACUGAUAGUUCUUCCCCUGGUUUGGUUGACUGGUUUGUGAAGGGGUGGGGGAAAAUAUAUUUCUACAUAAAUUUAGUGUAUAACUUUGCCAUAUGUUAAUGUAUUGCUUACAUAAAUAAAUGCUUCAUGUUCAGCAUGC